AUACUGUAGAUUGGGUUAAUUUGGCGCCCGCUUUAAUUUGGCGGAUUUGGCGAAAUUGAAAAAUUCGCCAAUAUAAAUCUUCGCCAAAACUUAGAAUGAAUCCCUGGGAAUUAUCUAGGGUAUUUCGUCCAGUGUAUUUAGGUCACUUCCAGUUUAUUUUUUUCCAAAAAUAUGAAAAAAUGUCUCUCAUAAAUUGGCUCAGAACUGGUCAGUCACUCAUUAAUACUAUUAAUAGUAGCAGCAUCGAUCAAGGUGCAAAAUGUAAAGGAUGAUCUCAGAAACAUGAUGAAUAUCGCCAGUGGUCCUCAAAAGAAAAAUGAACAUAGCCAUAGCCAAACAUGCCCAUUUACAUGGUAAUUCGCAAACAGCGCGUAAGUUUAACUUUUUUUGCAUAUCCGCCAAAUUAAAUAGCCGCCAAUAUGCCAAAAAUGGCAAAAUCGCCAAAUUAAGUAGCGCCAAAUUAACCCAAUCUACAGUAUACAGAGCCCUCUAUGCUUUAAUUUUAUUGAAAGAAAUUGAUGAGGCAAGAUGGGCAACUUUAUCAUCAUCAUCUCCAUCAGCUCAAUAUUAUGUCACCACCACAAGUGGUGACAUAUUGUUAUUGUCUCCAACUUUUUUUGUGGACAUUGUUCGUCUAUUCUCCAGUUGGUGUUUAACAGUCGGCAGAAAAAAUUAGCAGGUGGUGAAUUUUGCAUGUCGGUUUCUUGAUUUUAAGUUACUGUAGAAAGUUUGACCUAAAACUGCUCAUUUGUCGACAUAACAUAUGUUUUAACUCCUUCAUUUGACAUUGUUGCUAAGCCUGUUGAAAGUUUUCUAGACAAAAUAUUUAAUAUAAACUGACAUAAUGAAGACAUUUG